AUGGCUGCAUCGAGCAAGAGCCCAGAGAGUAUCGCUGAACUCCGUUCGAGCGAAAUACCAGUCCCAUGGUGUGACGAGUUUGAGAAGAUGAUAAGCGGCAUGAACUUUAACACUGGCAACGCACAAGAAAUGAUGGACUACAAAUUAGCUACAAAGAAGAAACUACUAUCCUUCAAUGAUGAAAGUAUUCCAGAAGGCAGCACCCUCGCCUCAUUAAAGUCAAGACGCAUGGCAGUAGCAAAAGAUAUGUUUGGAAAACUAGGCCAGGACGUCACCAUCGAGCCCCCAUUCUUUCUCCUCUGGGGAUGCAACAUCUUCAUCGGAAACGGCGUCUACAUGAACAGAGAGGUAUCCAUCCAUGACAACGCCCUUGUUACCAUCGGAGAUGGUGUGCUUAUAGGUCCUGGAGUUUGUAUCUGUCCAGGUACCCACGCUGCGGACAUGCAUAGCAGGAGAGAAGCGCAGGGGACGUCUUUUGCUCUGCCGAUUCGUAUAGAGGCAGAUUGUUGGAUAGGAGCUCGAGCUACGAUUUUGCCGGGCGUUACUAUAGGGAGAGGAGCGACUGUGGCGGCGGGGGCCGUUGUUAUUAAGGAUGUUGAGGCGGAAACGUUGGUGGGAGGUGUUCCGGCGAGGUUUAUUCGGAGUUUGAAGGGUGUCUCGACAUGA